CAGGAUGUUUGGUACGCAAAGUCAUCUUAAAGCACAUCAGAUUUUUUACACAGAAGAGAAACCACUUAGUUGCACAUUAUGUGGAAAGGAUUUCUUGGUAAAAUGUAGUUUUAAGAUACACCAAAAAACAGUGCAUGGGGUAGAUAAAUUGUACCAUUGCACAAAUUGUAAGAAGGCGUUUAGCACGCUAAGUAAACUUGAAGCACACCAACUUGUUCACACAGGAGGUAAACUGUUCAGUUGUACACAGUGUGGAAAGUGUUUCACAGCAAAACGGAGUCUCAGUGUUCACCAGCUAACAGUGCACUGUGGAGAGAAACCAUACACUUGCGAUGUGUGUGGGAAGAGUUUCGGUCAAAGAAGUGGCCUUAAAAUACACCAGAGACUUCACACAGGAGAAAAACCAUACAAAUGUUUUGAGUGUGGAAAGACGUUUGGUUUCAGAAGUUCCUAUAAAAAGCACUUGGUAGUUCACACAAGGGAGAAAGCAUUUUGCUGUGAUAUAUGUGGCAAGUGUUUCAAUGUUUUAAGCAAUCUUCAUAGACAUCAGCAAACACACACUGGAGAAAGAGCAUUUCAUUGUUUACUGUGUGGGAAAAGUUACACUCAAGCUAGUCAUUUAAAAGUGCACCAGCAGAUUCAUUCAGGAAAAUUCACUUGUGAGACAUGUGGGAAGAGAUUCAGUCAGAUGAGGGUCCUUAAAGCACAUCAAGUUGUUCACACAGGAGUUACACCAUAUAGCUGCACACAGUGUGGCAAAGGUUUCACAGGGAAACAUGGUCUUAAUGCUCACUACCUAACAGUGCACAAAGAUGAGAGACCAUACAGCUGUGAUGUGUGUGGACGAAGUUUCAGUUCUGCAUAUUAUUUUAGUAGACAUAAACAGAUUCACACAGGUGAAAAACCAUACAGUUGCGGUGAGUGUGGGAAGACUUUCAGUUGGGAAAACAGUCUUAAUUCACACCAGCGAACUCACACAGGAGAGAAACCAUACACCUGUGAUAAAUGUGGCAAGAGUUUCAGUGUUGCACAGAAUCUGAGGCGUCACCAGUUAAUACACACGGGAGAGAAACCAUUCAGCUGCACUACAUGUGGAAAGAGUUUCAGACAAGCUAAUAAUCUCAAAGCUCAUCAGCAAACCCACACAGGAGAAAAAAGACACACCUGUGUUAAAUGUAGGAAGAGUUUCGCUUAUCCAAGAAAUCUCAAAGAACACAAGUGUGUUUAUGGUUGACGGAAGUUUUUUAUGGAUGGAUUUAAGUAUGGAAAGAAAUUCACAGGUGCUUGUUGAUUUGAGUGACAGUUUGAUAUCAGAACAGAACCAGUGCAGCACACAUUGAUGACAGACACAUUUGCCUCUGUAAAGAUCCACAUGUGUAUGUUGUAUGCAAAGAAUGGGAGCUGGACUCACCAGUUGCAGGAAACAUGUUUGGUUGCUUCUUCACUUGUCAAUUCUUAUAGACUUGUCUGCACAUGGGGCAUUUUUCUUGUACAACCUGAGGACAAGAGAUAUUGUGGAUUAUUUUAGACUAAAUCAUGUAAAUAAUAUACUCAACACACUUUCCACUCUGUGUUUGGUACAAGCCUGCCUCCCAGAUGCCAUACAGUCAUGUGCUUUAGUGUAAAAAUUAAUAGCUACUUUCAUGUCA